AUGCCAGAGAAAAGGAAGAAAGGGAAAGAAGUUUCUUCUUCAGAUUAUGUUUCUGAUUCGGGUUAUAGCGAAGAAUCUAGUGAUUCUUAUGAAUUUGUAUCUGAUGGAGACGAUGAUUCAUUUGUUAGGUUGCUACCCAAUUUUAAUCGUUAUGAAACGAUUCAAACGAUUAGGAACAUGUCGACUGAAUCUCAACUUGAAAUGUUGAAAAAAUCGUGCUUUGGAAAGUUUUUUGAAUUGCCUUUUGGUAUUGUUCAGUCUCAACUUGUGCAUUUGGUUCUUCUUAGACAAGUUUUUCAAAAAAAUUCUGAGGAACUAUGGGUUGAUUUGUGUGGGAAGAUAAUGAAAUUUGGAAUUGGGGAGUUCUCUGUUCUUACUGGUCUAAAGUGUGUUGGAAAUGCGAGUAAAUUGUUAUAUCAAUCUACUGAAGAUGGUUUGUUCAACAAAUUUUUUGCAUCUGGUGGUCGUUUUACCUGGGAAGCUAUUCGUUUGAAGUUUAUAUCUCGGUGUUGGUCUAAUGACAGUGAGGCUGUAAAACUUGCUAUCCUUCAUUUUCUUGCCAAUUAUCUCAUGGGUAAUGAACUUUCUGUUGGGUUUGAUAGGAACUAUGUUGCUAUCAUUGAUAGUGAAGAUUGUUAUGAUUAUCCUUGGGGUAAAGAGAUCUUUGAAUAUCUUAUUUCGCAUAUUGUCGGGAAGAUUUCUGAAACUAAGACGUCUGUUUACAAUAAGUGUCGGGGUCUAAUCGUGGUGCUUCAAUGGUGGUUUUAUGAAAUUUGUAACAAUGCAUCGGGUCUUAUUUCUGUUAAAGUUGAUAGUUUGAAUUCUACAAUCCCCCGGAUGUUGAAGUGGAAGGCUAAUAAUUCAUUUGGCAAAGAAAAUCUUGUUCGAAAGUUCUUCUCCCUUCGUUAUGAUCAGGGUCAGAGUUCUGGUGAUGUUGCAAUUUUUGAAACAAACGGGGCUGAAGAGGCAAAUGUGGAUAAGGUGGUAGAAUGCUAUGUUGUUUUGCUUCCUUUCUUUCUUUAUUUGGUUGGUAUUCAAUACAAAAGGGAGGAGCUCUUUACUGGUGAUGGUCCUUAUGUGGGAAAACAACUAACGGACCCGCUUGAGGUUGUAUUUGUUGAUAACCUGCCUUCUCAGGAACGAGGUGAUUGUGGUGCUUUUGUGGCUGCAUUUGCUGAGUACUUUAUGAGAGGUUUGGAGAUUCCUUCCGAAUUUGAUGUUGAGUUCUUUCGUAAUCAUUAUGCUUAUUUACUUUAUGAGCAUGGAUGUAAGAAGUUGGCUGAAGGUUAUGAAAGUGAGGAUCAAUAUCCUAGAGUUAUGCCUCCGGAUGAUAGGAAGUCGGUUCAUAGAUGUUGGCUUAAUUUGUAGGUUUUAAAAUCACAUGUGCUGUUUAAAAACACAUUUGGUUUUUUGUAUUUUGUUUUAAGUUUUUGUUCUACUUUGGUUUCAUGUCUUUUGUUACUUUUGGUUGUAAUUGGUGUUUUCAUUUUCGGUUGAAGACUGAAUUCUGGUUCUCUUGUCGCUUUUUUUUUAUUGGUUUCCUUAUGUAUGAAAAAUGGAUACUGUUUGUUAAGGUUA